ACUCGGAUGACAUUUCGCAAAGUGACAAGUCGGCAAAUUUUUUCCAUUAGAAAAUAAAAAUUCUCCCAAAACUUUUAUUAUCAUUAUUAUUGAAAAAAUAUAAAUAAAUGAUAAUUUGUUUUAAUAUUUAAACAAAUUCUUAAUAAAAAUGGAUAUAAAAGACAUUUUAGGCGAUAUAAGUAUCACAACAUCCAACGAUGUAGACAAUGCAAUUCGAUUAAUCACUGAAAAAGAGGCUCAAAUAAAUGCAAAUCUAGAAGCUGUGCUCUCCAAACAAUGUGUAAUCGAGUCCAAAAUGAGUGGCAUUGGCCGAGCCAUGUCCAGUUUGUCAAUGAUAGCCAAUGAUUCGAAGAAACUCGACGAUCAGAUAACACAUACUGCACAGUUGGCUGAGUCGGUUAGUGCCAAGGUGAGAAGAUUGGAUUUGGCACGGAGUCGUGCCUCAGAGUGUCAGCAGAGAGUGCACGAUUUGAUUGAUCUGCAGUUGUGUUCACAAGGUGUGAUAGCUGCAAUUAAGGAAGAGGACUUUGAAAAGUGUGCUGGGCACAUAGGUCGAUUCUUGUCGAUGGACCAGAAUUUGCUGCAAAGAACUGCCGAUGAUGUUCAGGGUUCUGUGACAUCGGUCAGUGAUGCUGUAAAGACCCUCGAGGGAGCUACUGAGAAUGUACGGGAGUUGAUUUUCAAAAAGUUUGACGAAGCUGUGAAGAAAGACGACCUGGCUUCGAUCGAGAGGUUCUUUAAGAUAUUCCCUCUGGUUGGGCGGCACUCUGAUGGUAUUGCCAAAUUCUCAAAUUACAUUUGCUCCAAAUUGGCUGCCAAAUCUCAGAAAGAACUACGUAAUUCUCUGGACAUGGCCAAGGCAGAAAAACGUCUACCUGUCGCAUUCGCUGACACCCUCACUACUUUGAUGGAGAAUUUUGCUCGCGUCGUUGAAGUCAAUCAACCCAUUAUUGAUGCUUGUUAUGGACCGGGUUAUCUUAUGCAAAUGAUUGAGAUUUUACAACGAGAAUGCGAUUCGGAAGUUAAGAAUCUGGUCGUGGAGUUCAAUAAAAAUCGACAAAUCUCAAGAAAAAUAACUCAGAUCAACGAGAGCCAACGUUCGACAGGUGGUGGGAGCUCACAGGUUGCUGGGCAUUAUAGAAAACCAUCUGGAAGUGGUUCGAUGGACAAAUUGAAUCCAAAAGACAUCGAUGCUAUAAUUGUAGAAAUCACGGUUAUGCAUUCUCGGGCGGAGUUGUAUUUUAGAUUCAUGAAGAGACGCAUUUUGGCCGACAUUGAGGCAAGUUCAACGGAAAAAGAAGACAUCAACAAAAAGAUCGACAAACUCGAGCAAAUGAUGAAAAAAUCCGAUUUAAGUCGCCAAAUGCAAGAACUCCUUGGAACUUAUCUUCUAUUUGAAAAAUAUUUCAUGGAAGAGUCAGUCCUUAAAGCCAUUGCACUUGACUCUUAUGAAAUUGGCCAACAAUGCUCCUCGAUGGUUGACGAUGUAUUCUUCAUUAUACGUAAAUCGAUUCGUCGUUCAUUGACCACACAAUCUAUCAAUGGAACUUGUGCUGUGAUCAAUAAUGCUGCCGCAUGUCUAGAUGGGGAUUUUGUGAAUGCCCUUAAAGGUCCACUAAAAAGUGGCUAUCCUUCGGGUUAUAUUGAUUUGGCGCAAGCCUAUAAUGCCAUUCAGACCUCCCUGCAACAGGGAAAACUGCAAUCUACAGAUUCAGAAAAGGCCAGAAUGAAUUUCUUGAUUCAAUUGAAUAACGCCGACAUCUCAACGGAAUACAUUGAAACUCUAUGGAAGGCAAUGGAACAAGAGAUAAAUGGUGCCUUUCCCGCAAUGACUCCCACAGAAAGACAAAUUAUCGAUAGUUGUAUAUCUGAAUUGAAGACGGUGCGAGAUUCGUUGAAGGCUGUCGUUGAUUUUGGGCUGCAGCAAUUGCGGUCGAGUGCAAUAAAACCAAGAUUAAAUCCUUGGGUGGAUCAGUUCCUUAGCUAUAAUCAUCAUUUGUCAGAAGAAGAAUUAGCGUCAUAUGAAGCUGGAGAAACAUUUGUGCAAUUUCUUAUCGUGCAAAUCGAUGGACUGUUGAAUUCCUUCAAAAACCUCCUUAGUUCGAGGAAUUAUGAUGCUUUAGUUAGUAUUUUAGCCAGUGAGGUGACGGUGCGACUCGAGAGGGCAAUCAAAAAGUCUACAUUCAACAGACUUGGUGGUUUGGUUCUCGAUCAGGAAGUACGAGCAUUGGGUUCGUAUCUCACAGGAGCUACAUCGUGGUCGGUUAGGGAUAAAAUGACUCGAUUAUCACAAAUUGCCACCAUUUUAAAUUUGGAAAAGAUUUCCGAACUAACAGAUUAUUGGAGUCCUGAUAAUAGUGGUGAUAUGACUUCAUGGCGAAUAACACCGAAUGAAGUUCGAACUAUUUUGACUUUAAGGACGGACUUUCGUAUGGAAGACAUAAAAAGAAUUCAAAUAUAAAGAACUAUCAGUGUUUAGUUAAGAUCGCUGCAACUUUAGAUACUUUAUUAAGUUUAAAUUUAGAGAAAGAAGAGAAAAUUAUUCUUGUAUUGUAUUAAAACUAUUAUAUUCCGUUUUUAUUAAAAAGAUUUAAUCAAAUAUAUAUUAUUUAUGAGAAAUAAUCAA